AUGACUUCGUUCAUGCCUAUCCGUGACGGCGAUUUCACCAGUACGAUUUAUGGACUGGUGAGAGAAUUAUUCCCAGCUAUUAGUUCAAAUAAAUUCGUUUUUUUAAAAAUUAAUGACCCCAUGAAAAUAAGAAGAAAAUUUUACAAGAUAAAGUGAAUUCAGAUCAAAGAGCAGAAGUUCAAUGAGGCCAUUCGCUUUCUUCAGUAUCAAAAUGAGCAGGCGCCAAAGGUUUUUUAUGCCAUGAAUUGUUUGUUUCUUUAUUGAUAUAUAGCCGAUUCACGGCCAGCUUGGGACGCUGAGGGGGCGUGUCCUGUCUGCGCUCUCCACCAAUCAUGCACUAGCUCUUUUAUUAUCGUGUCAGGACCCAUAUUUCGAUGGCUCAAGCCAGUCGUGAAUCAGCUAUAUUAUGAUUCUGAAAGAAAACAGGAAGUACAUGUUGAAAAGUUUCAACUUUCUUUCAUCAGUUCAUGCGAUUCUCUGCGAUUAUAUAAUGAAUAAGCAAACUAUCUUAAGGGUCUAGAAAUUAGGAAACUUUUUCUGUAUCAUUGCCUAUUCCGCGCCUCCUGGGCAUGGUUUUGUUUCGCUUCCAGUUUUACAACCCUCUUUUCAAUGACCGCUGAUUCGUUGAAAUAUUCGAAAAAAUAUCACCUUCUUUUAAAGAACCGCGCAGCCUUGUCGCUUCUGGCCUACUGCUACUACUACACGCAGGACUACGUGAACGCGGCAAUUUGUUAUGAGCAGCUGGUCCGUUUCCAAACGGGCCAUCCUCAGUACAAACUCUAUCACGCCCAGUCGCUCUACAACGCCUUCAUGAUGCAGGAGGCGUUGAUGGUCGUGUCCUCGGUGAGUAUAACUGAACUUUGAAGAAAGAUUUCCAAUUGGAACCAUACGUGGACAAUCAAAGAACUCGAAUAUACGAAGAUUGUGACGAGUUGUGAAAAAAUAAGGAUUGAAAAUCUUAAAGUUAACUUCAGCAAAGUUGCAUCAAAACUUCAACCGGGGCUAAGAAACGUUCCCUAGUUAGGGCAACUUUGAAGCGGCUUUCAAAGUUUAUCUACCCUUUCUGAUCAAAACUUUUUUAAAAUUUUGUUGUAUUUAUUUUGUAUAACAUAACGAUAAUACGGCUAAUUUUCUUAACUUCAUAAAAAGAUAUAGGCAAAAAAAAGUUUGCUUCCUCAUUUUCUUCAUUGUGUUUUGAGCAUUUGAGGCUCGCGAAUUUUCUUUUCUUCAAAGAAAAGGCCAGAGACACAGAAGAAGCCUCCUACCUAUGAAAGACAGUGACGAUCUUCGGGCUGGGUCGAAAUCCUCCCGGCCUGAGGCACAUCUCUCGGUUCUAUAGCCUGUGUACCACGACUUGGAAUUUCAUCGAACGACAUUCCGCUGUUCCGCUGCGUGCUCGUCCGCUUUUUAAUUUUUAAUUUUACUUAAGAACUCGACCAACACGUGUUCCUAGUGGAAUAGUCCAUCUAUCAGAAAUGAGAACCAAUUCAAAGCGAGACCGAGGCUCGCAAAGACGCUUCGCGACGCAGCGGAACAGCGGAAUGUCGUUCGGUGAAAUUUCAAGUCGUGGCACACAGUCUAUAUUGUGAUUAUAAAAAAUUUUUUUAUUCGAAUAAUGAAUUUAUUCUGAAUUAAUCUGUCAAUAUUCGAAUCACGUCGAUAAUAGCCAAUGGAGUCGCGGCUAAGCGGAGCCGAGGACUUAUACACCAUUACAUCAAACAAACCACAUGUGGUUAAGGGACUCUAUGUGAAAUCAAAAAAAAAUUAUGUUCAGAAGUGGAUGAACUGAAAAUGAUGCAUUAUUUUGUUAUGCCAGAUCCAAGACCCGACGCUUCUGAACGAAUGCGUCAAGUUGGAGGCCGCCAUCAAGUACCGCGAAGAAGACAUCGCGAACGCUCGGAUCCUCGUCGAGCAGUGCCCUCAGGACGAUCCCGACGUCGUCGUCAACCUCGCCUGCAUCGAGUACAAGGUGAUGAUGUCAUCAUGUCGUGACGUCACGAAUGAUUUCCAGGAGGGCGACUACAACGCCGCCUUAGCCAAGUUUGAGCACGCCAGCAGCUAUUCAGGCUAUCAGGUUAAUCCUUUUUAUUUUAGUCUAUGUUCGAAUAUUCAAAAGCUAUAGAGCAGUGGUGAAGAAGAGAGUUUAGAGUAAAAAAACACGUGUUCUCUCAUUUUCCAAUACUCUUAAAAUUUCAAAGAUUUGAACGCAGAAUCGUUUUCUUGCAGGAUAUUUCAAUUAAAAAGGUUCAUGCUGAGUUUCAAAGCAAAGUUACAAACUUCUUCUAAAAAACUAUUCUCGAAGGACUUUCUGCGCCUUCUAAAAUAUUGCCGUAAAUUUUUUGAAUACAUUUUUAUGACUUUUGAUUUUCAGCCGGAACUGGCCUACUCGAUCGCCCUCUGUCACUACCGUAAGAAAGAGUACGCAAAAGCGUUGAAGUUCAUCGCGGAUAUUAUCGAUCGAGGCGUCAAAGAUCACCCCGGUCAGUUAAUUCAUGGCCAAAGGAACAUGAUAACUGAACACGUUGCAGAGCUCAGUGUUGGAAUGGUCACUGAGGGAAUCGAUGUCGGCUCGGUGGGAAAUUCGUUGAAACUUCACGAAACGGCGCUCAUUGAAGCCUUCAACUUGAAGUUUGCCAUCGAGUAUCGAUUGAAAAAUUGUGAGGAUUUCGACAUUCGUUGAGAUUAUGACGGCUUUUUUCAGUCAAAUCGGCGCAGGAGGCGCUGACGGACAUGCCGCCGAGAAGUGAGCACGAGCUCGACGCCUGCACUUUGCACAACCAGGUCCGAACGAAAAAUCAAUGUUCAUUCCCUUCGAGGAGAAAGUACUAGGAAUUUGUAAGCGAACAAAAAUUUCCAAACACCAUAAGGUCAUCCAUCGGCUGGAUCCCACCCCAGCCUUACGCGCAAAAAAAAAAUUUGAAAAUUUAAAUUUUUGGAAUAUGGCUUUUUUUCAGAAGUUCAAGUUAAAUUGAAAAAAGCUAGUCUGCUCAGAUUAUGGAUGUGAAUCGCAAGACGUUAUUCAAAAUUCCUCUCUGGAGUGCACGCUCUCUGAUUGGUUUAUUGCGUCAUUAGGGGCGGAGCUUGAGCAACGAAUCCACAUUCAAAAUCAAAGCGGAAUAGUGUACAGCUUUUCCCUAGACUCGAAAAUUUUUAACUAUGAAAAAAAAUUGGACAAUCUUUAAUAUUUUUGAUCGAGGAAAAGUUGACUUCGGAGAGAUUGAGAAAAGGUUGAAAUAGGAUGGAGAUAAAAAUUGAGAGGGAUUUUCAUUGAACAUGAGGUUUUUUUUGAUGAAAAAUUUCAUUUACAGGCUUUGAUUGGCGUUGAGAAAGAUCCCGGGGACGCCUUUGCCAAGUUACAGUACCUGUUGAGCCAAAAUCCGUUUCCACCCGAGACCUUCUCCAAUUUACUCCUGCUCUAUUGUAAAUAUGAGGUUCGAUUCGAUUAUUUUCCUGAUCGUCUUGUAAUUGCAGUACUACGACCUCGCGGCGGACGUUCUUGCUGAAAACGCACAUCUCACUUAUAAGCACCUGUCACAGGUGACAUCUUGAUAGAAUUUCCGAAUUACCUUUAUUUUAGUACCAAUUUGAUUACUUGGACGCGAUGAUCAACCUACAAACGUCGCCAAACGACGCUCUGAUCAAGUUGGAAGCCAUGGAAAACGAUCAUGUCAACGAUUUGAGGAUAUUGACCAAGGAAAUUCAGUCGAAUAAGGUUUGAAAUGCAAAUUAACGUCUCUCCACCAUCCAGGUACUUUCGCGUUGAUACCUUAUCGCGCGCGACGAUGAUCCUUCGAUAGUCGCCGUUUUUGAUCUUUUUUGAUCAAAUAGCUUAAAGAAUAGUCAAAAAAUGCAGCCCUAUUCAAGGAUCCUCGACGCAAAGGUUACUGUAGUCCUGGAGUUACUGUAGUCCGAGGAGAUAGCUGCUUGACAUUGGAAAUCUGAACAGACUACAUAUAAUAUGUACAUAUUCAUCAAGCUUUCCACUAUCAAAUUCUCGUUUUUGCUUAUUCUUUAUUAUAACAAAAACGGUAGUCAGUAAAAAAAAAUCUUCGGUGAAGUUUUUUUUCUUUGAUGAAAUGCAAAAUUUUUCGAAGCCUGGCCCAACAACGCUCAAGCUUUUUCUCAAAAAUGAAGCCUGGAGCUUGCACAAAUCUGUAUGUAGCCGAUACAUGGCUGAGCCAUCUUAAAAAGGGUCCUGACACGAUAAGAAGAAACAAUGCCUGGUUUCUGGAGAGAGCAGACAGGUCUCUCCGCCUCCCAGACUAGCCAGUUAUACAAUUGAUUUCAAUGUUUUUCCAGGAGUGGGGCGACAAGGAGCUAGAAGAGACGGGCAUGAAAAAAUUGAUGGAAUCGUUCGAUGAGAAGUUGGAAAUGUAGUUUCGUACCCGUGAUGACUUAACUGAUCUCCGAAUGUUAAGGUACUUGCCAGUUUUGAUGGCCCAUGCCAAGUUCUACUGGGACCGGGCUCAGUAUUCGCAGGUCGAGCGACUUUUUAGGUAAUAUUUGUCUUUUUGAAAAAGAAGCAUGCAUUGGCAUGUUUGAUUUUUGCUAAUAGUUGUUUUUUUAAACAAAAAUUUUUAGUAUUCUCUUUUUGAAUUCCAGUUAAUUCGCGCUCUUCGACGGAGUCAAAUUUUAGAAAAAGAAUCUUAUUAUUCGAAAUAUUCUUUUUAAAAAAACGUAAAAAAAGCACGGAAAGAGGUUAUUUUUUCAAGUCUUCAAAGCCUCAAAAGUUCAUAAAAACUUUCAACAACGUUGAAGUUGGAAUCAAAAAAGGGAAACUUUUUUUUCUUAUCUGUUGUAUCAAAUAUUUUCCAGUCGCAAAUUCGACUAACUUUUUUUUCUAUUCAAUUUCGACAAAUGAGUCCAUUUGGGAAUAUUUUCUCUAAAUGCUAUUUUCGCAGGACGUCGGUCGACUUCAGCCGGGAGCACGACACCUGGAAACUCAACGUGGCCCACACAAUCUUCAUGCAGGAGCAAAAAAAUUCAAAGAAGCGGCCGGAUUUUUAUGAACCAAUUGUUCAGAAAAGCUAUAAUCAUGUUGGUUGAUUAGAAUAUCCAAAAAAAGUCGCGAUUCAAUAGUCUUUUUUGUGUUUUGAAGUAGCUUUUUUUUUAAUUCUUGGAAGAAGUUUUGGAGAUAUUCCUGAUCUUUUUUUCAUUUUCGGAAUAAGAAACCAUUAUGAUGAGGAAUGGAAAUAAGACCAACCUGUAAUGUUUUACCCACUUUUUAUUUUUGCAAAACUUCCCCAAGACAAAAAUUUUGAUUUUUUUCAGCUUCCAAAAACAUGUAGAUUUUUCAAAAAUUAUGACUUGAAGUUUUGUUCGAAGAAAUUCAUUCAUAAGAGUAUGAAUCCCAGAUGAUGGACAUUUCGGCGAUCGUUUUGGCCAACUUAUGCGUUUGCUACAUCAUGACCAAUCAGAACGAGGAGGUGGGACAAAAAAAAGAAGGAGAAACCGAUAUAUUCUCCAUCAGGCUGAAGAUUUGAUGCGGAAGGUCGAGAGGGAAGAAGAAGAGGCUCGAGAAGCCGAACCGACCAAAAAAUUCUACCACGUCUGCAUCAUCAACCUGGUCAUUGGAACUUUGUAUUGUAGUAAGGUUGGUACUCAUCAUUUUGAAAAAAUAAAAUACAAAAUGAAGCAAUGGAUCUGGAAAGGUAAGGAGAAAACAGAGGUAGAAAAGCGAGAAGUUUACUUCCAACGUUUUUGACGAUCUUCUAGAUUUCGAAAAAAUCAAUUUUGAAAAUUUUUUUCUCUCCGGAAACAUUUUUUUGAUGGAUUCUCUGUGAUUUUAACCGGUCGGAAAUAAAGAAAAGGGUUUUUUUAUACCAGCUUGAAAAAUCGCUUGAAACUUGAAUUUUGUGAGAAAAGUAUGAAGCUAUAAAAUUUUAGCUUUUGUUGUAAAAAAAUGAGAAAAAAACUUCGUAGACGGUGUUUUUAGAGAGACAGAAGAAAAAAAUUUAUUUUUUUGAGAUAUAUAUAUAUAUAUGUAAUUUUUUUCUUAGGCGAUUUUUUUGAACUUAUCAGAAUGUUUUUGUGUGUUGAAAAUUACUCGUUCUUUAAAAAAAUAAGUUAAUUUCUAAGUUUUUCAAGAAGAUUGUGUUUCACUAAAGACAAACACCAAAAAAGGCUGUUCAAAAGUUUUUCUAACGUCUAGGAAAAACCAAGUUCCAGGGAAAUUACGAGUUUGGAAUUUCACGAGUGAUCAAGGCGAUGGAACCCCAGGAAAGGAAGCUGGGUACCGACACUUGGUACUACGCCAAAAGAUGUUUGUUGGCGACGAUUGGUAAGUAAAAACGAUAAGUAUAAGAUACAGUUGCGUCAAAAAAGAUACUACCCUCAAAGUUGAAAAUAAAAAUGAAAUGUAGACAAAGGGUGGAAAAUUUAAAAAAGGAUUUUUUUUUGACAAUGUGACCGCUUCGCGUGUUGGGUCAACCUGGGGCGCGUUGCGGUAUAUAUUCCUGCGUCGUCCGUCAUGACCCCCUCUGAGCGGUAUGAUAAAAAAGGGCUAAUCGUAUCACUUUGAAUGUAUAAAAUCGAAGGUUCAAUUCUAUUAUGUUCGGCAAAUAAAAGUUUUCUUGCUCAAGUUUUCAAAAAGUCCAAAAAUUCUGAGUCAGUUUUGAUUUUUUUAUGUGAUUCAUAGAAAUCCCGAGCUCUUCUAGAUUUUUCUGGAGUUUUUCCUAGAUUUUUGAACCGAAAAAAAACCGUUCAAAACAGUUUUUGAAGCAAAAAUCCAAUUUAAUUUUCUUGUUUUAAUUUUAGAAACGAUGGCCAAACAUCUGGUAGUGAUCCGUGACGCCGUCAUCCACGAGUGUAUAGGCUUUCUGGAGAAGUGCGAGAGUGAGUUUCUUUUAUAUCUCAGUAGAAGCUGAGCUUCUUUUUUUUGAAGUUGAGAGUUAAGGUUCGAUUCCGCUCGGUUUCUAUUUUAUUUGCUAUCCUUUCUGCUUUUCGAUGUUUCGAAUUCAGUUCACGGACGGAACAUUCCCGCAACGGCUGACGGUCCUCUGGAGACAGCUCUGGACGCCACCAUCAAAAAUACCGUAACCUACGAGGCCCGCCAACUCAAAGCCAUUUUAUUGCAAGUUAUUGACGCGUGA